AUGAAUCACUCUGUCAGCGUGACAGACAUGAUUCUGAACGAGGACUUCAACAUAAUUUCCCAAUUUGCGGUUAUGAACUAUGGAAUGAAUAGUGGGUUUGACACGGACAAUGAAGAAGACGAAAGUGGAGAUGAAUGUGAAAUUGAGAAAGGAAGAAAUGCAACCGUGGAAAGAGAUGACAUUGAGGUACCUUCUAGUUUUAAUAGUUUAGAAGGAAUAAAUAUGGCAAAUGUUAACAAUUGGAUGGUAUCACACUCUGAAAGUAAAAAUGAUUUAACUCAAAAGUUAGGAGAAAAUUCUUUUAAAAAUAAGGAUGAACUUAUCAGAGCUAUCAAACUUUAUACGAUUAAAAAGCAUCGACAAUAUGAAGUGGUUGAAAAAUGUCCAACAAUUUCGAAUGUAAGAUGUAAGUUAUGCACACAAACCGGUUGUAAGUGGAAACUGCGUGCAUCUAAACGUCAACGCAUUGGUUAUUUUGAAAUAACACGAUACAUUGAUCCACAUACUUGUUUCCAAUAUAGAAUUACUCAAGACCAUCCAAAUCUAGAUGCAAACUUGAUCGCUCAAGAAACUGAACACCUUAUAAAGGAACAACCAUCUAUUAGUAUUCCUAAUUUAAGAGCUGAAAUAGUUGAUAAAUUAGGAUAUACUCCUUCAUACAGGAAGGUCUGGGUGGGAAAGCAGAAGGCAAUUGAACACAUAUUUGGAAAGUGGGAGGAAUCUUAUAUUGUUUUACCAAAGUUUCUUGCUGCACUUCAGUAUUUCAAUCCAGGGACUAUAGUUGAAUGGUGCACUGCUAGAUUGACCAAUAUGGAUCAAGUGGAGAGUAGUAAUGUUGAUAAGACAAAGCGGUCAUAA